GUCUAAUCCUCUAAAGUCCAACGCAAUCUACAUAUUUCCAUUCUACAAACAUAAAUAACGCCAUCUCAGGAGAAAAUCAAACGAAAAGAAGAAAGAAAGAAUGUCCCUCCAAACCCCCCGCAUCCUCCCCUCCCACCUUCACGCCUUCUCAUCAAAGACUGUCCGAGUCCUGGGCACCGUUUCCGCACUUCGAGGCGAUACUGCGACCAUCACCUGCGGGGCUAAUGGGGACAUCACGCUGGUUCUGAAGGCGGAUUCGCAUUUGCAGAUGGGGAAGUUGGUUGAGGUUGUUGGAAAGGUUACUGAGUUGGACGGGUCGGGCUUCGGAAUAAGAGUCUUUGGGACGGUGGAUUGGGGGAAUCCGGCGGAUUGCGAUUACAAAAUCUACGAACGUGUCGUCGAUGUUACGCAUCGAUUUACACCGAUCUUCUAUGAUUCCAGCUAAUUAAUUAAUGAUUAACGAUGUACGGAGUAAUAGAUCCAUUUAUUCAUUUAAUGUUCUUCUUCGAAUUGAACCUUUUCUUUUUAUUUUUUACCUUCCUCUGUACAGGUGCGCGAGGGGAUAAGAACAAACUACGGGUUCCUUUUACUACAUAUUGCGGGUUUGGCACGGUCAUUUUAUUAGUAUUUCUAUCAUACUGCCA